CUUCCAGUCUUCCUUCCAACUCUGUGUUUCCACUCAGUCUCGACGUUGUUGUGGGAGAGAGGCGGAGAGCUGGCAUGAGCGGGUUCGGGGAGAUAAUCGCGAGUGCCGUGGGGAAGCAAAUCGCGAGCAAGCUCGGUGAACUCGUCACGGAGGAGGCCACCCUGCAGUGGAGGUUCAGAGAAGAUGUUGAUGUCAUGGUGGACAAGAUGCAAGAUCUGGAGGCCGUUUGGCGUGAUGCGGAUGAUAAGCUGCGCCGACGAGGAGGAGACGGAGAAGCUGUUCGGCGAUGGCUCACAAAAUUCAAGUCCGUCGCCUACGACGUAGAGGACGUGCUGGAUGAUCUGGAGGCUACCGAGCUCUUAAAGAAGAGCCAGCCAAAGUUGAAGCUGUUCUUUUCCUGGAACAAUCAAAUUCUCCAGCGGGUCACCAUGCCUCACAAGCUGAAGAACCUGAGGGGGGAAAUAGAAAAAAUAGGAAAGGAGGGCCAUGAUCUCAAUCUUGUCAGAAAUCAAGAACGGGCAGAAGGGAGCAGAAACAAUGAAACUUUUGUAGGCAGCAGUGAUGAAGGCUUGAAAUCCGGAGUGGUGGGGAGGGAUAUGGAAAAGGACAAAAUAAUCAGGCUGCUACUAAACUAUGACGCUAACGCUAGAGAGGAUAUAUCUAUCGUCCCGAUUGUCGGGCUUGGUGGUCUAGGGAAGUCAACAUUGGCCGAAUCAGUCUUUGUGCUAGACAAGAUGGCCAACAACUUCGAAGUCCGAGCCUGGGUUCAUGUGUCUAAGGAGUUUGAUUUGGGCAAAAUUGGGAGAGCCAUCCUCAAAAGCAUAAAUAGCAGUAUCAACCUUGACAAUUGUAGUUUGCAGGUUUUACAGGAAAAUCUCAAAAAGGAACUUGCUGGUAGAAGGUACUUGAUUGUUUUGGAUGAUCUUUGGGAAGAGGAUGGGGAUAAGCUGGAAAGGCUGAAGCAGAUGUUACAACAUGGCUGCAAGGGUAGCAGAGUUAUUGUAACUACGCGUAACCAAAGCGUAGUUAAUAAAAUGAACACCGGUGUUCUUGCAAACCAAAGAAAAAUUUGCCCUGUUCCCAACUCUGAUCAAAUCAACUUGUGUGUUUUGUCAACUGAUGACUGCUGGGAAGUAAUGAAGCAAACAACAUUUGGGCCUGAUGAUGACAAAAGUAACUUGGAAGAAAUUGGGAGGAAAAUUGCAGAGAAGUGUGGGGGUGUGCCACUCGUGGCAAUUGCCCUUGGGCAAGUAAUGUCCGAGGUAAGGACUGUCGAGGCAUGGCAAAAAAUAAGGGAUACGAACAUUGAUUUGGGUCACAGAGAUCACAAGGACACAUUGGAACGCCUCAUGCUAAGCUAUUACUACAUGAAGCUGGAAUUCAAAAUGUGCUUCGCAUAUUUGGCGGCCUUUCCCAAGGGCUUCGUUAUAGGCAGUGAUCGUUUAAUUCAGCAAUGGAAGGCUCUUGGAUACAUUCAUGGAGGGGACGAGGGUAAAAGGUGCAUUAACUACCUUAUGGGGAUGUCCUUUCUUCAAAUUUCAAAAUCUUCCGCGAUUAGGUCAAGUCCAGUGCAUGCCAAUGCUCCUCGAGAGCUCACCAUGCAUGAUUUGGUGCAUGAUCUUGCAACGAUAAUUUUGGGACAUGAAUGCCUUGUUCUAAAUGCUACCGAACCGAGGAGUAGGAAGAAAGCAAAACGUCGUUAUUGCCGACAUGCACAGUUGAUCAACUACCAGAAUCAGUAUAAGGUUUUCAAUGAUCUGCCAGGCAACAUCAGAUCCUUGCAUGUAAGACAUUCAGAGAAACAGCUGCUCCCGCAAAAGGCAUUUUCUAGAACCAAGUAUAUACGGGUCUUGGACCUAAGUGGAUCUUUAGUUGUGGGGCAAUCAACUCCGAGAAAAAAACUUUUGCCAUCUUCCACUAUUCAGUUAAAGCUACUUAGGUACCUCGAUGCCUCUACCUUGCCUAUUACAUCACUUCCUAAGUCAUUCCAUACACUUCAAAAUAUGGAAACUCUAAUUCUGUCCAAUUGCUCACUUGCAACCUUGUCUAACAGUAUCUGUAGCCUCAGCAAACUUAGCUAUUUGGAUCUAGCUGGCAAUGCAAGGCUUAGUAAGCUUCCUGACAAAUUUAAUCUUCUUAGGAAACUCAUAUUCCUAAACAUGUCAAGUUGUUCCAAGCUAACCAAACUUCCUGACAAAUUUAGCCUGGAGUGUUUAGAACAUUUAAAUCUAUCAGGUUGUCAUGAGUUAAAAAACCUUCCACAAGAUUUCGGCAAUCUUCAAAAUCUUAGGUUCUUGAACCUUUCUGAUUGCUACAAGAUUUCAGUUCUACCAGAAUCAUUUUGCCUAUUGAACCAUUUGAAAGACCUAAACCUUUCAGAUUGUCGUGCCCUUAUAUUACUCCCUGAAUGUUUUGGUGACCUUUCAGAGCUUGAAUCUUUGAACCUAACAAGUUGUCCCAGGCUAGCACGGUUGCCCGAGUCAGUCUGCAAGAUGACUAAUCUGAAGUGUCUCAAUUUGUCAUAUUGUUUAGGGAUCCUAGAGCUCCCCUCCUCAGUAGGUGAUCUUAAUCUCCAAAUAUUGGACAUUUCUGCUGGUGCUCUCCGUCACUUGCCAGAUAGCAUCAGUGAAAUGGCUAGUCUCACACAAUUUGUGGUCACGUCAGGGCAUCCUAGGGUGUUUGGAGAGGCACAGGAAAUAAAGAAGCGCCUAAAAUUGCCAGGCCGCACGGUACAUAGAGUAUGCCAGAGACCUUCAGGGAGCAACAGUAUAGUGGAGCUUGCACAUGUGAAUUGCCGUGAGCUGUUAAUUGGAUCUCUUCAGUGUGUGGAGAAACUGAAAGACGCAGAGACAGUCAAGCUGCGUCAUAAAUCAUGUGUUCGGCAGCUAGCUCUCCACUGGAACAAGAGGUAUAUGAAUGCUUCCCUCAAGCGGAAAAUGAUUGCUAAUGAAUGCUCGGCUGAAUCUAUUCUGGAGAGGCUCAUACCAGCUCGAAAUCUUGAACAGUUUAUGAUACAAGGGUAUACGAGCAAGGGUUUCCCUAACUGGAUGUCGCACAUAUCCUCCCACCUCCCUUCUGUUACCUAUCUGAGUCUUUUCGAUUUAGGUGCAUGUGAUAAUCUUCCUCCGUUUGGGCAGCUACCAAAUUUAAGAAGUCUAUAUCUGCAGAAAAUCCCCAACGUCACGAAAAUUGGCAAGGAAUUUUAUGGAGAGGGUGGAACUUGUACGAAAUUAAGAUUGCUGCAGUUGAAGUCGAUGGACAAUUUGGUCGAAUGGUGGACAACAUUGUCAGGCAAAGAAGAUGGAGAAUUUCUAAUCCCUAAUUUGCAUAAUCUAGAGUUGAAGGACUGCCCAAAGUUAAAGUUCCUACCAUAUCCUCCAAGAAGUAUGUUUUGGUUCUUGGACAAUAGCAACGAGGCUUUGGUAGGACCAAGACUAGGAUUUUGGGAACUCUCAUCUUCCUCUCUUCCUUGUCGCAUGGGUAUAAAAAACUGCCUCUUUCAACCAGGCAAGUGGCGUAGACUAGAGCAAUUCCCCACUCUUGAAGAAUUCUCAUUGACCUCCUGCCUCGGCUUGAGGGCCUUGCGAGAUGUCAUUCGCUGCUUCACCUCUCUCAAAAAGCUAAGUUUGAUGUCAUUGGAGGACCUGGAGAUACUGCCGGAUUGGUUGAGACAUCUCACUUCUCUACAAGUCUUGGUCAUAAAAGAUUGUCGCAAUUUAAGAAUAUUGCCUGCAAGUAUGGGAAACCUCACUGCUCUGAGAGUACUAAUGCUUCUCGAGUGCAAAGGACUAGAUACAUUGCCGCAAUGGCUAGGACAGCUCAGUUCCCUACGAGAACUUCACAUCAGAGACUGUCCCAACAUCACAUGUUUUCCUGACAGCAUACAAAACCUUACUGCCUUGGAGGAACUGUAUCUUUCUGGUUCUUCUCUUCUGGUCCGUAGGUCCCGCAGAGAGAAUGCAUAUAAGGUUUCUCACAUCCGUAAAGUAAUAUUUGAACCAGAAGAAGAACCAAAUGAAGAACAAGGACAAGAAGAAUCACAGGAAGCAUGGAUGGAUAGGCUAUUGAAAAUAGAUGGAGAAAACCCAUGGAGACGUAGAGAGGAACGAGAAGAACUAGAGGAAGCAUCGAUGGAUAGGCUAUCGAAAAAAUACGGAGAAGGCCCGUCGAGACAUAGAGAGGAACGACAAGAACUAAAGGAAUCAUGGAUGGAUAGGCUAUGGAAAAAAUACGGAGAAGGCCUGUUGAGACAUAGAGAGGAACGAGAAGAACUAGAGGAAGUACGGAUGGAUAGGCUAUUGAAACUAUUCGGAGGAAACGCGAGACUUAUAGAGGAACGAGAAGAACUAGAGGAAGCAUCGAUGGAUAGGCUAUCGAAAAGAUACCAAAAAGGCCCGUCGAGACAUAGAGAGGAACGAGAAGAACUAGAGGAAGCAUCGAUGGGUAGGCUAUCGAAAAGAUACCAAAAAGGCCCGUCGAGACAUAGAGAGGAACGAGAAGAACUAGAGGAAGCAUCGAUGGAUAGGGUAUCGAAAAGAUACCAAAAAGGCCGGUCGAGACAUAAAGAGGAACGAGAAGAACUAGAGUCACAGAUGUCGAACUCAGACUCUGAACAUCUCUCUCAUUAUGGACAAGAAGAUUCAGAAAAUGAGGAUGACGAGCAAGAAGAUUGGUAAUUUGGUAUCUAUAAGAUUUUAGUAGUUUGCUAUCAUCAAAUGCUGAGUAGCGCGUUGCUGUGGAGACCUCUGUAAUUUGCAAUCACAAUCUUAUAGGUACUCAACUACUCCCUCUGUUCCUAAAUAAAGUCUUUUUAGAGAUUUCACUAUGGACUACAUACGGAGCAAAAUGAGUGAAUCUAUACUCUAAAAUAUGUCUAUAUACAUCCGUAUGUAGUCCAUGGUAGAAUCUUUAAAAAGACUUAUAUUUAGGAACGGAGGGAGUACAAUGCUAGCAAAUUUCCUUUUAAAGAAAUAUAGUACAAACGCAUGCGCUUACAGACACGCAUGUACAAUC